AUGGCUGACGGAGAUGAUGGCGCCGCGCCAUCCUUUUCGGAGCCUCUUGACUUGGUCCGAUUAUCACUCGACGAGAUCGUGUUUGUGAAGCUUAGAGGAGACCGAGAACUCAAAGGCCGCCUACACGCCUACGAUAGCCACUGCAACCUGGUUCUCGGCGACGUUGAGGAGACAAUCUACAUGGUGGAGGAAGACGAGAAUGAGCAAGAGAUUAUCAAGGUAGAGAGCCGCAGGCGAGUCCAGGCAAUGGCGCACGACACUCACUCUGGCAUAGACAAUAAAGCGACAAGAAGAAAUGCUAUUUGUUCGAGGUUCGUUAUAUCUACGCCUCUUUUGUCACCAGCCCGUUUACUGAAUUCGACUUUAGGCGACUCUGUUGUCCUCAUAUCGCCGCAGUCCUCACCUUGA